AGCCGUUAGGUGGCAGUGAAUGACACAACAAAAGUCCAAGAUGGCGUCCUCCAUCGGUGGAAUGUUUUCGGGGCAGCAGCAGCAACAGCAACAGCAACAGCAGCAGCAGCCGCCUCCCGGCGCUCACCUUCCUCUUCCCGGUCCAGGAGCUUCGGGAAACUCGAGAACAUCAGGAAACACUUUAGUGGAUGAUCUUGAAGCUUCUUUCGAAGCAUGUUUUGCGUCUUUAGUCAGCCAAGAUUACGUGAACGGGACAGACCAAGAGGAAAUCAGAACAGGAGUUGACCAGUGCAUUCAGAGAUUUCUUGAUGUAGCCAGACAGACUGAAUGCUUCUUUCUUCAAAAGAGGCUACAGCUGUCAGUACAGAAACCAGAGCAGGUGGAAAAAGAGGACAUAUCAGAGUUGAGGAACGAGCUCCAGAGGAAGGAAGUGCUGAUUCAGAAGCACCUGAACAAGAUUCAUCACUGGCAGCAAGUGCUGGAGGACAUUAACGUCCAGCACAAAAAACCAACAGAAUUACCACAGGGGCCACUAGCCUUUUUAGAGCAAGCCUCGGCCAACCUGCCCGCUCCCAUGAAACCCAACUGAGCAGUGCCUGUCACAGUCUGUGUUGUUAUUGGAAUAUUUUAGUAUUUAAUGUUUUGAUGUGUUGUGGCUUGUGUUAAUCCAGUGCUCUAGUUAUCAUUCACACUCUGGAUGGUAAUUCAAAUCUGUAACCAAGAAGGAUUUAUUCUGAUAAAUAUGUAUACAAUACUAAACGUUAAAUACAUUCAGGUUUACUGGAGGUGAGUCUUGUGUUUUGGUGUGAAUUUUUCUUUUUGUAUUGUGUAGAAUAAACGUCUACAAUUUGUCAUUUA